AUGACGAUGAAUCAACGGAACACCAUUGAUCUGGAACAGGGAUGGGAUUUUAUGCAGAAAGGGAUCACAAAGCUUAAGAACAUUCUUGAAGAGAAAGAUGAGCCACAGUUCAGUUCGGAAGAUUACAUGAUGCUUUAUACGACAAUUUAUAACAUGUGUACCCAAAAACCACCACAUGACUACUCCCAGCAGUUAUAUGACAAAUAUCGAGAGGCUUUUGAAGAAUACAUCUCCACCACUGUACUGCCUUCUCUAAGAGAGAAGCAUGAUGAGUUCAUGUUGAGGGAGCUUGUUAAAAGAUGGUCGAACCACAAAAUCAUGGUUAGAUGGCUAUCCCGAUUUUUUCAUUAUCUGGAUCGGUAUUUCAUUGCCCGAAGGUCACUCCCUCCACUAAAUGAAGUUGGACUCACUUGUUUCAGAGAUAAGGUGUACAAGGAGUUAAAUGGAAAAGUUCGGGAUGCUGUUAUAUCCCUGAUUGAUCAGGAGCGCGAAGGAGAGCAAAUAGACAGAGCUUUAUUGAAGAACGUGUUAGACAUUUUUGUUGAAAUCGGAAUGGGUCAAAUGGAGUGUUAUGAGAAUGAUUUUGAAGCUGAUAUGCUGAAAGACACUGCAGCUUAUUAUUCUCGCAAAGCUUCUAACUGGAUUUUGGAAGACUCCUGUCCAGAUUAUAUGCUGAAGGCUGAAGAAUGUUUAAAGCGAGAAAAGGACAGGGUUGCUCAUUAUCUUCAUUCCAGCAGCGAAUCAAAGUUGCUUGAGAAAGUACAACAUGAGCUGUUGACUGUCUAUGCCUCCCAACUGCUCGAGAAAGAGCAUUCUGGAUGUCAUGCUUUACUGAGAGAUGAUAAAGUUGAUGAUUUGUCGAGGAUGUAUAGGCUAUUUUCCAAAAUCACAAAAGGCUUAGAUCCUGUGGCCAAUAUUUUCAAACAGCAUGUUACUGCUGAAGGAACUGCGCUAGUAAAGCAGGCAGAAGAUGCUGCAAGCAAUAAGAAGGCGGAUAAGAAAGAUGUGGUUGGUUUGCAGGAGCAGGUAUUUGUGAGGAAGGUGAUUGAACUUCAUGACAAGUACCUUGCCUACGUAAACAACUGCUUCAUGAACCAUUCUCUUUUUCACAAGGCACUCAAGGAAGCUUUCGAAGUUUUCUGCAAUAAGGGUGUUGCGGGAAGUUCCAGUGCAGAACUUCUUGCCACAUUCUGUGAUAAUAUUCUGAAAAAGGGUGGGAGUGAAAGACUCAGUGAUGAGGCCAUUGAGGAAACACUUGAAAAGGUAGUGAAGCUGCUCGCUUAUAUUAGUGAUAAGGACCUGUUUGCUGAAUUCUACAGGAAAAAGCUUGCUCGACGCCUGUUAUUUGAUAAAAGUGCCAAUGAUGAACACGAAAGAAGUAUCCUGACGAAACUUAAACAACAAUGUGGGGGUCAGUUCACAUCAAAGAUGGAAGGCAUGGUGACAGACUUAACAUUGGCGAGAGAAAACCAAAACAAUUUUGAGGAGUAUCUCGGUAGUAAUCCUCAGGCAAAUCCUGGGAUUGACUUGACUGUUACUGUCCUUACUACUGGGUUCUGGCCCAGUUACAAAUCUCAUGAUCUUAACCUCCCAGCUGAGAUGGUGAAAUGUGUUGAAGUAUUCCGGGAGUUUUACCAGACAAAGACAAAGCACCGAAAACUUACUUGGAUAUAUUCUUUGGGAACGUGUAACAUCAAUGGAAAGUUUGAUCCCAAGACACUGGAGCUGAUUGUAACAACUUACCAGGCUUCUGCUCUGCUGCUAUUCAAUGCAUCAGAUAGAUUGAGCUACCAGGAGAUCAUGGGACAACUGAAUUUGUCGGAUGAUGAUGUUGUGAGGUUGUUGCAUUCUCUUUCUUGUGCUAAGUACAAGAUUCUUACGAAGGAGCCAAAUACAAAAACUAUCUCCCCGACUGAUGUCUUCGAAUUCAACGCGAAGUUCACGGAUAAAAUGAGGAGGAUUAAGAUCCCUCUUCCUCCAGUCGAUGAAAAGAAGAAAGUCAUAGAAGAUGUGGACAAGGACAGGCGGUAUGCUAUUGAUGCAUCAAUUGUGCGAAUCAUGAAGUCUCGCAAAGUGUUAGGCUAUCAACAGCUGGUCAUGGAGUGUGUGGAACAGUUGGGUCGCAUGUUUAAGCCGGAUGUGAAGGCUAUUAAGAAGAGAAUUGAAGACCUGAUAACUAGGGAUUACCUGGAGAGGGACAAGGACAACCCGAACUUGUUCAAGUACUUGGCAUAA